GCUUAAUCAUGUUCUUAUACCAUUAUCGCUAUCAUUAUGUUUAUUACUGUCAUCUUUACUUUGAUUAUCAUUUCUAUUUGAUUUUUCAUUAUUGUUAUUUUUUUGUCGUUAAUAGUUAGGCAGCCUCAAAGCAAGAUUAAAAAGAUGCAAAUUUUCCAAAACAACUGUAGCAAGUUGUGUUGAGCGCCUGACAGGCUGCUCCAUAAUCUCCCUCGAUUAUAACAGUUUCUAGUGCAUUUUAAGUGAUUCAUAUAGUGGAUUUUUAUAUCAGUGUAUUCGCCAUUUGACAGUGUAUGUGGUGAUGGAGGAUUUGUACAAAAACAUUCAGUGUUUUCAGCAAAAUCAUCAGUUUUCAAUUCGCCAUAAAUGGUUUGGUGUUUUUCUAUUGGACAUUUAUUCUUCUUCUUGGGUCUACACUUCGUCAACCCUCGAAUGUCAGCAACAAAGGAAGUUUCUCUCCUGAGUGUUACGUGAACACUGUUCUCCGAGUCGUUUCCAACUCUGUGCUCAAGAACAACCUACUGCUCUGUGAGGAAAUGGGCUGUGUACCCCCUGCUUCUGACCUCCACAACUGUGCCCUUCAUGUCUAGUGUGGUUCUGGAUUAGCAGCUGCCAUGGACGACGGUUUUCAGCACUCUGUUUCAACAAGGUCUUGGAAGUUCGUCAAUGAAGAUUUGAACGAAGACCCCGCCCAAGUGUUCGUCCUGUACGCCAAGUUUUUGUUCUACUCCAUCUCCACUGCCACUCUCUGCGGAUCGGACAACGUGCUGCCGGUAGAAUGGUACAACUGUAUCUUUGCUGGGAUUCAG